AUGCCUUCAUCAAAAAAUGUACAACGCCGAACAAAAUUAGUUCCGGCUGACAAUCAUCCAAUAGAAAAUAAUGAAUAUUAUGAUGAGUACGUCUAUUAUCCAUAUUAUCCACAAGACACGCCAGGUGGAGGAUAUCAAUAUGUUCAAGAACAACCCAGUUAUGUUAUUGAAUCAGAUGAUUAUUAUACAAACGCUCCACCCACACCUCCAACACCUGACACAGUCAAUUAUCCGACCAUGGAUCAUGCUGGUAGUGCAACGAGUAGUCGUAGCAGUAAUCAAAAUACAUAUAGUCGAACAAAUUUGUCAGCUUACUAUCAUAAAAAUUUGAAUGUUUUCCGAUCAGAACCUCCUGAUGAUUUAACAACACAAAAAGAUCGUGUAAGAGUUAUUGUUAGGGUUCGUCCAAUGAAUACUCGUGAAGUGGACAAAGGUGAUCGAUCAGUACUAACAUGUGACUCAGAAAAUUCAAUUCUGGUUGAUGGUCCACAACAUAGUCGUCGAUUUACAUUUGAUGCCGUCUUUGAUACUUCCUCUACUCAAUAUAUAUGCACAUGUUUUGCAUAUGGUCAAACAGGUUCAGGUAAAACGUUUACCAUGGUGGGUCCAUCAGGAGCUGGCAUCUUUCGAAUGGACGAAAAUUAUCGUAUAAAACAUUUUGGUUUGGUACCAAGAGCAAUCAAUUAUUUAUUUCAAAAAUUACGUGAGAAAACACAUGAAUCAAAUGUUGUAUUUUACAUACGUGUAUCAUACUGUGAAAUCUAUAAUGAACAGAUUCGUGAUUUGAUUAAUCCAUCGCACACUGAGAGUCUUCAAAUUCGAGGUUCAAUCGAAGAUGGAUUUUAUGUUGAAAAUUUAUUUCAAACUUAUAUUGAAACAAUGGACGAAUUACUAACAAUUUUAGAAGAAGGCGAACUAAACAGAGUGACAGCAUCUCAUAAUUUAAACGAUCAUUCAAGUCGAAGUCAUGCAAUGUUAUCAAUACAAAUUGAACAUGAUUUACAAAAUUCAGACGAUCCAAAAGUACAAAUAACAAAACAAGGAAAACUUAUUUUUGUUGAUUUAGCUGGUAGUGAAAAAGUUAAAGUUAGUCAUUCGACAGGACGACAACUGGUUGAAACAAGUAAUAUCAACAAAAGUUUACUUACACUUGGCACGUGCAUAUCAGCGUUAAGUGAUCCCGUUAAACGUAUGGGUCAUGUCCCUUAUAGAGACAGUAAAUUGACACGAUUGCUUUCUGAUAGUCUUGGAGGACAUGGAAUUACAUUGAUGAUUGCUUGCAUUUCGCCUGCAAUAUCAUGUGAAAAUGAAAGUUUAAGUACUUUACGUUAUGCGAACCGAGCGAAAAAUAUUGAAAAUGCACCGAUAAUUAAAACGGAUUCGAAGGAAAAUGUUAUUAAUCGUUUAAAAGCCGAAGUUCGGAAAUUGAAAGAUGAAAAUUUUACUCUACGAAAAAAAUUAGGUUUGCAAGGCACUUCACGUUUACCAAGAUUAAAAACGAGAAACUCGGAUUCUGGUACAUCAGUUCCUUCAUCAGCAAGUAGCGACAUAAACGACGGUCGUCAAGAUCCAAAGCGAUCACGAACGAAUGGAUCAUUAAAAUAUAGAGAAAAUGUUCGAACCGAUCAUGAAAUUUUGACCAGAGAGAAUGAAAAAUUAACGAGAAAACUUGAUCGAGUCUUACGUGGUCAACGCGGUACAGAAGUGGUUGUCGUCGAAAAUGGUCGGGUAAAGGGAAGUCCUCCACCAACUCGACGUAUUAUCAAGACAUACGCUCAGCCUGAUGAAGAAGUGUAUGCAUUAGAAUUGGUUCGUCGUCCAUCAUAUGCCACAAGGUUUCGUACAACGAGAGAUAAAUAUCCGGCAUUAUCGCCUGUAAGAAGAACGGCAACCGUCGUUCGUCGUGUACCAGAGACAUCGAUAGUGGAAGCAUCCGAUUUUUUAAAUGAUGCCGGAUCAAAUCAAAGUUAUGGCGAAGUUAAUCAGUUGGGUGGUGUAUUUGUCAAUGGAAGACCACUACCAACACCUAUACGUUUACGAAUUGUUGAAAUGGCCAAUUUAGGCGUCCGUCCAUGUGAUAUCAGUCGUCAAUUACGCGUUAGUCAUGGAUGUGUCUCUAAAAUUCUAGCACGAUAUCAUGAAACAGGAUCGGUACUACCGGGUGCUAUUGGCGGCAGUAAACCUCGUGUAACAACACCAAGAGUGGUGGCAAAAAUUCGAGAUUACAAAGUAAAAGAUCCUGGCAUGUUUGCUUGGGAAAUUCGAGAAAAACUCUUAUUAGACAAUGUGUGUGACAAAUUUAACGUCCCGUCUGUCUCGUCAAUAUCGCGAAUAUUAAGAAAUAAAAUUGGACCAUUGUCACAACCAGCCGAACUUAAUACGUCCGAUUCCUCUAGUCCAAAUGCUUACAUGUCACCGUGUAAACCAAUUUCACCACACAAUAGCAAUAAUGGUGGAGGAACGGGAGCGAGUUGUCUAAAAAUCGAACCUGUCCCAACGUCAUGGACAUCAUAUGAUGCCGCACAGGCUCGUUAUUUAUAUCCUAUAUGUAACUUGAGUGCAACACCAUCAGCAUCAGCUAUGUGCUCAUACACGCCAUUUCAACAAUUUGGCUCAUUGGAGGCAGCUGUGAAAGGACAAGCAGCUGCAGCUGCCUUCGGGAGUACAUCAAAUUAUGGUUCUGAUUCUGUCAGUAGCGCUUUCUCACAACAUCAGAAUUCACCCUACUCAUUUUUUGGCUUUCAUUCGUAUCAGAAUCAUCAUAAUCCUGUUAACCAUUAUUCGCAAUAUUAUAUGCCAGUGACACAACAAGCAUCGUGA